GCCCGAGUAGCCGGCGGCGGCGGCGGCGGCCGGGAGAGGCCCCUCCUUCACGCCCUCCUUUCCCUCGCUUGCAGCAGAGCCGAGCCGGCGUACCCGGCUGGGCCCCCAACCCUCCCCGGGCCAUGGCCGGCAACGUGAAAAAGAGCUCUGGGGCCGGGGGCGGCAGCGGCUCCGGGGGUUCGGGCUCCGGAGGCCUGAUCGGGCUCAUGAAGGACGCCUUCCAACCGCACCACCACCACCACCACCUCAGCCCCCACCCACCGGGGACCGUGGACAAGAAGAUGGUGGAGAAGUGCUGGAAGCUCAUGGACAAGGUGGUGCGGCUGUGUCAGAACCCAAAGCUGGCACUAAAGAAUAGCCCACCUUAUAUCUUGGACCUGCUACCAGAUACCUACCAGCAUCUCCGAACUGUCUUGUCAAGAUAUGAGGGGAAGAUGGAGACACUUGGAGAAAAUGAGUAUUUUAGGGUGUUCAUGGAGAAUCUAAUGAAGAAAACUAAGCAGACCAUAAGCCUCUUCAAGGAGGGGAAAGAAAGAAUGUAUGAGGAGAAUUCUCAGCCUAGGCGAAACCUAACCAAAUUGUCCCUGAUCUUCAGCCACAUGCUGGCAGAACUAAAAGGAAUCUUUCCAAGUGGACUGUUUCAAGGAGACACAUUUCGGAUUACUAAAGCAGAUGCUGCAGAAUUUUGGAGGAAAGCUUUUGGAGAAAAGACAAUAGUCCCUUGGAAGAGCUUUCGACAGGCCCUACAUGAAGUACAUCCCAUCAGUUCUGGGCUGGAGGCCAUGGCUCUGAAAUCCACUAUUGAUCUGACCUGCAAUGACUAUAUUUCAGUUUUUGAAUUUGACAUCUUUACACGACUUUUUCAGCCCUGGUCCUCUUUGCUCAGAAACUGGAACAGCCUUGCUGUAACUCAUCCCGGUUACAUGGCUUUCCUGACAUAUGAUGAAGUGAAAGCUCGGCUCCAGAAAUUCAUUCACAAACCUGGCAGUUACAUUUUCCGGCUGAGCUGUACUCGUCUGGGUCAGUGGGCUAUUGGGUAUGUCACUGCUGAUGGGAACAUUCUCCAGACAAUCCCUCACAAUAAACCUCUCUUCCAAGCACUGAUUGAUGGCUUCAGGGAAGGCUUCUAUUUGUUUCCUGAUGGACGAAAUCAGAAUCCUGACCUGACAGGCUUAUGUGAACCAACUCCCCAAGACCACAUCAAAGUGACCCAAGAACAAUAUGAAUUGUACUGUGAGAUGGGCUCCACAUUCCAACUUUGUAAAAUAUGUGCUGAAAAUGACAAGGAUGUAAAGAUUGAACCUUGUGGCCACCUCAUGUGCACAUCUUGUCUUACAUCCUGGCAGGAAUCAGAAGGUCAAGGCUGUCCUUUCUGCCGAUGUGAAAUUAAAGGUACUGAGCCCAUCGUGGUAGAUCCGUUUGAUCCUAGAGGAAGUGGUAGCCUAUUGAGGCAAGGAGCAGAGGGAGCUGCCUCACCUAAUUAUGAAGAUGAUGACGAUGAGCGAACCGAUGAUUCUUUCUUCAUGAUGAAGGAAUUGGCUGGUGCCAAGGUGGAAAGGCCUCCUUCUCCAUUCUCCAUGGCCCCACAAGCUUCCCUCCCCCCAGUACCACCACGACUUGACCUUUUACAGCAGAGAGUAUCUACUCCUUCAAGUGCUUCUAGUUCUGGAACUGCUUCUAAGGCCGCUUCUGGCUCCCUUCAUAAAGACAAACCAUUACCAAUACCUCCCACGCUUCGAGAUCUUCCACCACCACCCCCUCCAGACCGGCCAUACUCCGUUGGAGCAGAAACCCGGCCUCAGAGACGCCCCCUGCCGUGUACACCAGGCGAUUGUCCGUCCAGGGACAAACUGCCCCCUGUCCCCUCUGGCCGCCUUGGGGAAUCUUGGCUGCCCCGACCAAUCCCCAAAGUACCAGUAGUUGCCCCAAAUCCUAGUGAAACAUGGACAGGAAGAGAAUUAACCAACCGGCACUCGCUUCCAUUUUCAUUGCCCUCACAAUUGGAACCCAAAACAGAUGUGUCUAGGCUUGGAAGCACAUUCAGUCUGGAUACUUCCAUGAAUAUGAAUAACAGCAGUCUAUUAGCAGGUCCAGAGUGUGAGCACCCCAAAAUCAAACCUUCCUCAUCUGCCAAUGCCAUUUAUUCUCUUGCUGCCAGACCUCUUCCCUUGCCAAAGCUGCCGCCUGGGGAGCAGUGUGAAAAUGAGGAGGACGCAGAGUAUAUGACCCCCUCUUCUAGGCCUCUGGGACUUCAAAAACCAGAGCUGAAACGGCCUUUGGAAUCAACCCAGAGUUCACGAGCCUCUGAUUGUGACCAGCAGAUUGACAGCUGUACAUAUGAAGCAAUGUAUAACAUUCAGUCCCAGGCGUCAUCUGCUGCAGAGAGCAGCACCUUUGGUGAAGGGAAUUUGGCUGCAGCUCAUGCCAGCGCUGCUCCUGAGGAAUCAGAAAAUGAGGAUGAUGGGUAUGAUGUCCCUAAGCCACCUGUGCCCGUAGUGCUGGCCCGCAGAACGCUCUCAGAUAUCUCUAAUGCCAGCUCUUCUUUGGGUUGGUUGUCUCUGGAUGGUGAUCCCACAACAAACUUCACUGAGGGUUCCCAAGUUCCUGAGAGGCCCCCCAAACCAUUCCCUCGCAGAAUCAACUCUGAACGAAAAGCGGGUAGCUGCCAUCAAGGUGGUGCUGCUGCUGCCACUUCUGCCGCCGCCUCUCCUCAGCUCUCCAGCGAGAUUGAGAACCUCAUGAGUCAGGGAUACUCCUACCAGGAUAUUCAGAAGGCUUUGGUCAUUGCCCACAACAACAUUGAAAUGGCCAAAAAUAUCCUCCGGGAAUUUGUUUCUAUUUCUUCUCCUGCCCAUGUAGCCACCUAGCACAUCACCUCCCUGCUGCAGCUUUAGAGGACCAAUGAGCUGGGAGCUCUUACUUGAGCAGCACCUAAGAGAGGCAGAGGCUCCUUUGGAGACUUCGCAGUGAAGUUGUGCCAUGUCUGUAGGACAUCACGUCUGUGGUUCUGAGGUUUCAAAGCAGUGGAAUGAAAAUGGAGCAGCUAGUAUGUUUUAUUAUUUUAUUUGUUUUGAGAGUGUUUCUGAAGAUGUCCUUCAGUCCCCAUUUAGAGAGAGCGUGGGUUUUUAUUACAUGGUAGUGUAGCUCAGCCUACCUGGGGAACAAUCCAGAAAGCAGGAGGAUAAAAAUUGUGCUGUAAAUUCUAAUUGAGAAUUUAAGACCUUCUGUGGUUAGGGAUGUGGCUGUGUGUGUGUGUGUGUGUGUGCUGUGAUUAUAAGAUUAAUCUGCUGUCUGUGUUAAUCCCAGCAGGGAAUUAGCACAAGAGGUUUCAGAAGGAAUCUUUUAAAGAUUUCCAUCUACUGUGGUAUUAUUUCCAAUCCUAGUGUGUAUUACAAUUUCAACACUCCCCUUUGGCUUGGAUUAUCAUGUGCAUAGCUAAAGUCUUGUAUUUUUAGAACACCCUCCCUCUGUCCUUUCCCCUACCUCCUCUUUCCUCCUCCUCCUGUCAUUGGCAGUGGGCUUGCUCUGACCAGCCUAACUGAGGCCAGGCAGCUGAUAGGAUGUUCUUAAUUGUGUGUGGUCAUGUUGAUUUGUUUGGUAGAUAGGUGGGGAAAGAGUAUUGUUGCUAUAUCAUUAUUAUGUUUGAUACUAGCAGCUAACACUGGUCACUCCAAAGCACUGUUUCUCUAGGGACAUUGAAUUUGUUAAAAUAAGAUAUUUUAAUUAUCCUAAUUACUUAAUGACUAAUUUGAGAUAGAGGCCUUCAAAUACAUUCCAUGCCCUCCCCAGAAACUUAUCUGUGGGAGUCAGUUGCCUUGGUGCCAGAUGCAUGUUCUGAUGUGGGUCAAGAAUUUUUCUACUUAAUGGGAAGGGAAGAACAUUUGUUUCCAGGAUGGCUUUCUGGCUCAGAUACCAUGAAGCUUUUAGGGUUAGGGUUAGAAGUUUCAUUGUGUGCUAUUUACCUUAUUAUGUUGUUAUACAUGAAGUGCACUAAGAGACAAUAAGAAUUUGUCUGUUCAGUUUUUCUUCCCAGGAAAUUAAAUUCUUUUGAGCUGAUAUGGGUGUCUCCCUAUGAACAUGAGCCAGGUUAUAUUUUCAGAAAUGAUUCAUUUUUUGCCCUUUAAGGAAUGAGGAUACCACCCUUGGUAGCACAGCAUUUUACUGAUAAUUGGUACCUUUCCUACUACACUGGUGCCACCUUAUGACUUGGUUUUCUCUUGUGCCUGUGGCUUUGGUAAUGUAAAGUCUCCUCCUUCCUUGCCUUCACUUUUCCUCCUUACCUCAGGUCUUGUGGACUCUCCUUACUUACUGUGUUCUCUAUAGUAAUUAGACAUCAUUUGGUGUAAUAGGUUACUUAACUCUAGUCAUUGACAGUAUGUGAUAAGAAUGGCAGUUUGUGUGAUGGCAGGUCCGUAAAGUAGACUCAGAGUCUAGUUUGGAGAAGGGUGGUUCAGUUUCUUUAGAUACUGCUAACUGCUGUCUCAGGUUCUGUUAGUCCUCUGUCCAGAGUCUUUUGCUGAUUUCCCUAACAGUGUGUAACCUUCUUGCUUGUCCGAACCAAACCUGCUCUUUGAUAAAUCUACCUUCCCCAAAAUCUUAAUCAUGCCUUUGUCUUCAGGUCCAAACAGAAAUGACCCGCCUUAGAUUUCUUUUUACAGUUUUCUCACCUUUGGAACUAACUUUUUCUAGCUCUUCUCUAGCUUUCAGCUACUCCUGGGUGGUCUUUUGGUUUUAUCCUCUUGCUGAGUUGCUGGGGUUACUUAGUGCCUCUACAUGGCAGAGAACACCAUAACCCACCAUGGGGUGCAGGAGGUCCUGAAUUGGGGUGGAGGUUGGCAGGGGGAUGUGGCAAUGAGUAGGGAAUGGUAAACUACCAUCUAUUUUUAAAAGCCAGGAUAGUGCUUCAUUUGAGGUAAAAUUCAGUUAUCUAUUUUUGUUUAGGUAUUGAAGGUCUAGAGAAAGAACUGGAAAAAAUGACAGCAGUGUCCAUGCCAAUCAUGUUGAAGUUUUCCUUGUCUGCAGUCAUUUCCCAUAGUCUGAAAAUCAGUAUCAAGAGUACAAAGCACUGGCUGCAUGUCUUUUGCUAGUACCACCUUUUCAGUGCAUCCAAUUUUUUUUCUAUGGAGAUUAUUGUUCUUCUACGUUGGCUCAGGGCAGUGCCAUCCUUUCCUUUCCCUUCCUGACGGAGUACGAUGUAUCUCUUCGGUCAGCCCUGAAAGUGAGAUGCCGGGCACCCGUGUUGAACAUGUGUAGCGUGGAUUGGCACAGUAGUUCGCGUGGAGUGAGCAGAUCUUAGCUGAUCAGGUGCGGGUCUGCAGGCAUCAAGGUUUUAGACCAUUCCAAGCCUUUUUUCUGACUGAUUGCCCUGAGGACAUGCCUCCGUCCAAGCCUUAGAUUUCUGGGCAAGCCUUAGAAAGUUUUCAAAUGACUCUUGUUUUGAGGAUAUUUCCAAAAUUUUAAUUUCUUACAUUUUCCUUUGUCUAAGACACUGAUAACUUGUUCUUCAUCCCUCAUUUAUAUGGCAGUUUUUAGUUCUUUGAUUCUGCUCUGAAUUUAACUAAAAUAGCCCUUUUGCGAACAGGCUUUAUCUUUGAGUUUUGCCAUUGUUGGCAAACCCAUCACCUUUACCCUCCUAAUUACAAAUGUUUCCUCCUCUGUUAACUAGCAAGUUGAUAGGUAAAGCAAACAAAACAACAACAAAAAAACACUUGGAUGUUUUCUCAAAUGCAUUAGACUAUUUUAUUCAACCCAAUUUCCUGCUUCCCCUGUGUCUUCCCUGGAUUGCUUUAUGUGGUCUGCCUCAUUGCUGGGGAGUUGCUUUACAAUACUCAAUCAGCUGCCAGGGCUGGACUUUCUCCUGCUGCCCCUCCAGUACUCCUUCCACCAAAGUGAAGGGUUCUUAAAGUGGGAAACCUGUGGGCUCUCCUUUGGUUAAAUAAGGUUGGGCAGUUUAUCAUCUCGAUAUAUAUCUGUUAAUAUUUAUGUCAAUGGAGAUCCAUUCCUGUGGAUGGCCAUUGUCUUCCACUAGCCCUCUCUCCUUCCCCAACCCACUCUGCAUCUUCUGCCAUUCCUCUGUUCUCUUUCUCUUCUUAUCAUACCGACUCUCAUCACCAGGGUCCAGAAUGUAGGCUACUACUGAUGUUUUCUUUUUGCUGUUUUGUGGAUUAAAAUUGGUUUUAGGGAGAAAAGACCUUAAAAUAUUUAUUUCUUCUAAAGAAAAGGAAAAUAUAUUUUAUGGUCCAAACAGCAAACUUAUAAAUGAAAUUUUGCAAUACAACUUGCUUGCAAACUAGGGACUAGCUGUAUAUUCCUUUUAAGGCACCAUUAGCAAAGUCUGGUCCUUUUUGUAGGUGAUCAGCAAUGGUGUCAAUGCAGGACAUUCUCCUACCUCACAUCAUAAAAGUGAGAAGGUUAUAGACCUUCUUCCCAAACUGUUUAUAAGCCCCUCUUCUUGCUGCUGGCCUUUCUGAGUCGGGAAUGACCACUGCCCAGUGAAUAACAGUAUUCUGACUAUUGGCCUGGCUGUAGCAGUUUGUUCAUUCAGCAAAUGUCUAUAAGUGUUUACCAUGUGCCCAAAGUGUCACCCCUAUGUUCUUCCCUGCUGCCACCUGAUGGGUUACUGAUGUUAGGGGAUUGUACUUGGGCACUUGCAAUUGGCCCUAAAAGAGCUCCUCUCAAUAAAAUUGUGCAAUUUUUUAUUCAUAGCUAUUUAAUGUAGACUUGUAUCUUUUUUUUUAUAGCGCUAUCCUGGUUAAAAUCAGUCCAAGACUCUCCCAUUAACCCCUAUUGUUUUCCUAUACCUUUGAUUAAUGUCUGGGAGAAUCCUUGGUGUUAAGUCUCAUGGACACCCACCAUUCUUAUGUAUUUCAGUGGAAUCUGGUGGCCAGUGGGAGAGAGGGCUGAGGGGUAUGUUGCCUCCGAGUUGCACAUUAGGGCAGUUCAGUGUGUAAAUGAAGCAUCUGCCCACAAUCCCCUUGCCAAUUUAGUGCCUUCCUUGAUCUUUUUACUGAGCUGCUUGGGCUCUUAAUCUUAACCCCCUUUCUUAGGAAGGUUUCCUUAUCACCCUUUUGGGACCUACCACUGUCUCCCAUACUCUUUGGAAUCUGUCUUCCAGUCCUUCAAUAGUUUUGCAGCUGAUUGUACAUCCUAGAAGGGCUGAAGGUUAGGGGAAGGAUGGGUCCUGGUAUUCAACCAGUUGUUUGGUCUCUCAAGAGCCAGACAGUAAAGUAGAUGAACUCCAGUUCUCAAAAUUGUCAUCCUUUACCUCCCAGGGUAGAGAGCUUAGAGACUAUAGAGCUGUGUAUCAAAAUCAAUACAUCAUUCUACUAGACCUUAAGGCUUUAGAAAUUAAAUCUGAAGUGUUCUAACUCAGCUUAAAGCAUUAUUAUUACCACUUUGAGCUCAGUCUACAUUAGCAGUCUUCUUUUAGAAAUGCAUAUAGCCAUUUAAUGCAUGGAAGAGGGCCGACGAUUCCUUGCUGUGGCUAGUGGAAGAAAAUCAAAGUUGUAUCUUUGGUUUUCCUAAUUAGGGAUCCUUUAGAUGCAAGAGACACAACUACUCAAGCUAAACAAAGCAAAGAAUCACCAUAAGGAUGCAGGUAUUUCAAAGAAUGCAGAAUAGAAGUACAGUUGAUUCUGGUAUGUAGCUGGAACUAUACAACUUUGCCCUUAGUAGAUCCUCCUGCUUCUCAGCCUGUUUAUCAGCAUUGCGGCCUCAGAACAGGCACCUGCUUCUCAAGUCUGCACGGCCUUCCCGCUCUAGGCAUCACCAUGGAUAGAUUCUCAGGCCCACCCCCUGACCUGCCAGCCUUGCCAAGGAGGGGCAGGGACACCUUAUGAACCGGAACUGCCGCACACUCCUUCGGGGGUGGGGGGUGGACAGGGAGGUUCUUAGAAGAGGGUGUAGACCGAGUAGAUGCCCUGUAAAUGCUUCUGCUCUGGGAGUAAACCGCCACUGCACUGCCUUCUUUGAGAGUGAAAGGCAGGCAUGGGAGAGUGCCUGGGGCAUCGGGGAAACUCUUAGGCUUAGCUUCUUUUGGUCACUGUCUUCUUUAUCUCUUUAUUUCCUGUUUUUAUUCCCUUUAUCAGUCUUGGCAUCCAAGAUUUCUUACUUCCCUCUUUAGGACUAGUUUCUCCUCUUCCAGAGCUGGUCUGGUCUGGUCUUGGGUAGCAUUUCUUAGCCUUCACUCAAUCUCAGGUUUUUAGCCCUUCAUAUCUGAUUUGGAGAGCAGAUCGCAAAUCCCACUGGAGGGAAUACCCAUGGAGUUCUGGGCUCUCUUCAGACUUAGCACUGAAAAUAGAAUCAUUUUAGGGGCCCAUAGCCUGUCUUCCUCCAUGCCUGCCUGCCUGUCUCUUCAUUGGUUCCUUGCCAUCUGGGGCGAGCUCUGCAGUAACAUGCUUAGGCAAACCUUCUGAGGGACCCCAGGAACUACUUUGCUACAGCCAGGAAGAAUUUGUAACAGUUGGGACAGUUACCAGGAUAUAAAUUAGACAAAGAUUCCAGUUUAGAAUAGCAUUUUUAUUGAGAGUUCUUUAUACAGGAUACCUGUGUUUUCCUGUGUACUUGUUUCUUUUUAGUCCUAUACUAUCUGUUGUUUUUUUAAAACCAGGCUUCUGCUUGCUUGAAUCUUUUGAUCUUAUCUCAUCCUAGAGCUUGUGCUGAAUUAGUAAGGCACUUCAUAAUUACUUAUAACUUUUUAACUACUAGAGUAAUUUGAUAUACACAGAAGUAAACCAAUGUUCCAAAGAUAUACAUUGAGGCACAUGAGGAAGGCCUGGGUCAUUAGACUUUGAUAUUCUGGGGGAGGCUCCAAAAUUAAGGAGCAGAGGGACAGCAGUGCCAUGUGCCUUCACAGUGUCCUGGGAAAUCUGAUUUGAUUUCCAGGAGGAUUACCAGUGUCUCUUGGUCCCAGAAAGUAGCACAAGAGUAAGAGAUGGGGAAGUGGGGCUGGGGGAGCAAGUCCUGCGUGGAGAGGCUCAUUCCUAGUCAGAUGGGAAGCACCGUGCCAGAGGGCCAGCUGUUGACUAACAACUGGAGGUCCCACUGCCCCUUCCCUGGAGAAAAAUGUGGCUGACCACUCCUUGUGUGUGUACAGAGCAAAGGCCGAAUGCCAAGCUCAGAUCGCCUACUGACUUGGCAGCCAUACAGAUCAGCAGAGCUCCAACUGCCUGGCCCAGUAUUCUUGACUCAAACCCCCCAAAAUCCUCCACAUUGCAUCUCACAAGGUCUCCUUCCACCCAGAGCCAGACUGGGAGGCAAAGAAGAGCAGUGCUGAGGCCAUGCUGAAUGCAACUCCUCGGGCCUUGCACUGACACGCCGUGCCCAGGCUUGAAGCGAGGGCUGUGUGCCCAGGCCUGGUCCUCCCAUGUUAAAUGUUACCGUGCCCCAUGUGUCGUCCCACCCCCCACCCCCUGCCUCAGACCCCAUUAGGGGUGAGGUAGCCAUGCUUUUGGCUCUCAGACAACUGCUUCUAAGUCUGCAAAAUGUGUGUUUCCUCCUCCUCCUGCCACUUGGGUACGUAAGCUGCAGGUGCUGUGCCCCUGAGAGGGGUGCUCCUGCCCUCCCUCCUCAGCUCCAAAGGGAAAGCCUGGCCUCCUGCCGAAAUGGGCAGGAGGCACGUGGCAGCUAUGAAGUACCUCCUACAUCUGCUUUCUGGCUGUGGCGACUUGGGAUUUUUAACCUUAUAUAUAUUUUUCUUUUAUUCAAAACAAAACAAUUUUUAGCACACUGGGGAAAGAAAAAAGCCAAAUGUUUUGUGCCUUUCUAAGGCAGCACUGUGUCCCAGGCUGCAUUUUAGGACUUAAUAUGGAAAUAGCAGAGUCUUAGCUCCACUACCUUGCAUAUCAUUAGCUCCUAGAAUCAAGGGGAGAGGAUAGGGUGCUCUCUGGGGCUGAGAAGGGGUCCCUUUCCCUGCAGUGAUGCUUAGUUGGAAGAAAGCAUUGUACCCAGAGAUCACUCACUUGGUUCAAAUCGGAAUCUUGGUUUUCAGGUUGAAUGCUUUGUCUCUGGAAAAAGAGACAGAUUGUUCUGUGAUUUCGGGGUGUGCUCUGUCCCAUUCCAAGCCUCCCAGCCUCCUCAUGUUAAUGACCCAAACUGCAUGGAAAAUGGUAGGAUGAACUCUCUUGAGGAGGGGAGGUUUUUUGGUUUGUUUUUUCUGCUUCCUGGAUCCUGAACUGGCCUCGACCUCCUGCAUCUCCCUCAGACUUGGCUUUCCUUUUCAUCUUUUCAUGUGAAACUUCAGACAUAAAGCAUAAAGCAGCGAGUGCCCUCUGCAGGGUCGUUUUCCCCAGGAAAGGCAAGAACAUGUGUGGAAGGCUCUCCUCCUCCUCACGGCUGUGUCCCAGCAAAGAAAAAAAGAAGAGAAAUUUUCUCUAUGAGUUUACUUCCCUCUUAUCCUUUUCUCAGUUCUUCCCUGCCUUUAAUUAAUAAAGAAUUGGGAUAUAGAAAUAAUUAUCAAAGUCCUCCUUAUUCAGGAUUUUGAAAUUCUUGGUGUGGGUGGGGCCGGAGAGAACUUGAUUCUUUCUCUAGGAUGAUGUGUCCCGAUUUGUAUAUCAGUGUUAAAAACAAAACAAAACCUUAGAUGGAAUUUUCAUGAACUAUUUUAAAAAUGUCAUUAAUAUAAAAAGAAUUUAUAUUAGCAGUAUUUAAUCAUUCUCACCUGUAAAGAAUAAAAAAAAGAAAAACAGAAGGUAAAUAUUCUUACAGAGAAUAGCAGAGCUUUAAAAUUCAUUUUCAUUUAAGUCCCUUUUGUUUUGCCAAUGUGUUAAUGUUUAGAGGUCUGUUAUACUAAUGUUAUUUAUUAAUUUUUUCAUUUCCAUACAGUUAACUAAAGAGCUUUUUCAAGCACCCAUGUCUGUAAAAAAAUAUUUUUAAAUAAAGUUUCUUUUGUUGUAGCA